AUGGAUAUUGCUAAGGCUUUCGAUGCCGUUGACCACACCAAACUGUUGCAAAAGCUGCAGGAAUUCGGUUUUUCUGGUUCUCUCCUCCUGUGGUUUAAGAAUUAUUUAUCCGGACGCUUCCAAUGGGUAGUUACGUCGACCACUUUAUCCAUUACAUCUGGGGUUCCACAAGGAUCGUUAUUGGGUCCCUUUCUCUUCUCUGUAUAUAUCAAUGACUUACCUAGCUAUGUAUCAUCCUCUACUGGGGUCGGACUGUUUGCUGACGACACCAAGCUGUAUCGUUGCAUAAAGAAUCCUUCUGAUGCCUUGGUCUUCGAUGUUGGUAAAAUGAAAACCACCUUCAUUUCAAUCAAUCCAAGUGCAAG